AAAAAAGUGAAAAUAAAGAAAAGAGCAUCCGACCGUCACCGUAGAGGGGACGAAGCUUCUCUGGUCAAACUUCAAAUGCUCAUUGCAUUGGUUCCCUCUGAAAAUUCUUACUCCCUACGGUUCGGUGCAGUUCUCGCAACGGCAUCUCCAUCGUCUCUUAAAGUCGCACGAGCGCGCCGCCGUCGCUGAAACUCCGGUUCUCUUCAGUUCCGUCGCCGAUGGAAACCACCCUCACCUCCGCCUCUCAUUCUCUCUCUGUUUCGUGGCCCCCCAGUUCUUCUACGCGAAGGUUCGCUUCAGUUUCUUCUUUCAGUUUUGUGAAACUUGGCAUCACGAAGCAGUCGUCUCUCGGGAGAAAGUUGAUUUCGCGCCAAAACUGUUUGACCAAAGUCCGAGCCUCAACCGACGGCGCUGUCAAUGUGAAGGGGGAGCAGAAUGACGAUUUCGUCCUCGAAGACGUCCCGCACCUAACCAAUUUCCUCCCUGACUUACCGUCAUACCCAAGUCCGUUGAAGAAAUCGCAAGCUUAUGCCAUCGUAAAGAGAACAUUUGUGAGCCCUGAAGAUAUGGUGGCACAGAAGAUUGUUGUUCAGAAGGACAGCCCCAGAGGAAUACAUUUUCGGCGUGCAGGGCCCCGUGAAAAGGUGUACUUUAAGCCAGAGGAAGUGCGUGCAUGUAUCGUCACAUGUGGGGGUUUAUGCCCUGGAAUUAAUACAGUGAUGCGGGAAAUAGUUUGUGGUUUGAGUAACAUGUACGGAGUAAAUGGGGUCCUUGGAAUUCAGGGAGGAUAUAGAGGGUUCUACUCAAAAAAUACUAUCCAGUUGACUUCAAAAUCUGUAAAUGAUAUUCAUAAACGUGGUGGAACUUUCCUGCAAACUUCAAGAGGAGGUCAUGAUACCAAUAAGAUAGUUGACAAUAUUCAGGAUCGGGGAAUAAACCAGGUUUACAUAAUUGGAGGGGAUGGUACUCAAAAAGGCGCAGCUGCAAUUUAUAAGGAAGUGGAAAGGCGUGGGCUUAAAGUGGCAGUAGCUGGAAUUCCCAAGACAAUUGAUAAUGAUAUUGCUGUGAUAGACAAAUCAUUUGGCUUUGAUACUGCUGUAGAGGAGGCUCAGAGGGCCAUAAAUGCUGCACAUGUGGAGGUUGAGAGCGUGGAAAAUGGAGUUGGAAUUGUGAAGCUUAUGGGGCGCUACAGUGGAUUCAUUGCUAUGCAUGCAACAUUGGCGAGUCGCGAUGUGGAUUGUUGCUUAAUACCCGAGUCCCCAUUCUAUUUGGAAGGGCAGGGUGGGCUGUUUGAGUUUGUUGAGGAGAGGCUCAAGGAAAAUGGGCAUAUGGUGAUUGUGCUGGCUGAGGGUGCAGGACAGGAAUAUGUUGCUCAGAGCUGGCAUGCAGCUGCUGAAAAAGAUGCAUCUGGGAACCGGUUACUUUUGGAUGUUGGCCUCUGGUUAACACAAAAGAUUAAGGAUCACUUCACAAAUGUGCGGAAGAUGGCAAUCAAUAUGAAAUAUAUAGAUCCUACAUAUAUGAUUCGAGCAAUUCCUAGUAAUGCAUCGGAUAACAUCUACUGCACACUUCUUGCUCAAAAUGCCGUUCAUGGAGCCAUGGCAGGAUAUACUGGCUUCACUGUUGGGCCUGUAAACAGCAGACAUGCCUAUAUUCCAAUCAAUCGAGUAACAGAGACACAAAAUACGGUGAAAUUGACAGACCGAAUGUGGGCUCGACUUCUUACAUCCACAAAUCAACCUAGUUUUCUGAGUUGUGAGGUUGUGCAGGAAAGAGUUAAUGCGGAGAUCUUUGAUGAGAUCAACAGUAUGAAGAUUACUUCGAUAUAGAAUACGUGCCAUUAUUGUUGGCUGUUACCUCUUGGUGUUUGUUGAGUGUCCAUACUGCUCAUGUUUUACGUUGUGGUACGUCGAGAAAUUGCUCAUAUUCAGGCUCUUACCGACAUAAAACAAAUAGUACCGGAAGUAGCAGUAGUUUAUUAUGGAUGCUUUUUUCAAAUGUGAAAUGAAUGCAUAAAUGAUGCUUGUAGAUAGAGUAGCUUUUCCCAUUUGAUCUAAUAAAACACAAAGGAGAAAUCAUCUGAGAUUCUUAAACAGUUUUAUUUUGAUGUGACUUGGAAAUGUCAGAAACAAAAUGAUAUAGCUUUCUUUUCCGUUGGUGAGGCUU